AUGGUCGAGACAACAGCGCAAGAGUCCAAGACAGGGCUGCCCGAUGGGUGGACUGUCAAGUACAGCAAGUCGAAGAAGCGUGCGUACUUCCUGUACACGGAGGCCUCCGGGGAGCACCGGUCGCAGUGGGACGCCCCCGAGGGCACUGACCGCGAGGCACUGGAGGCGUACCUCCGGGACCACCCUGUCCGUGUGCACUGCUGGCACAUUCUCGUGAAGCACGCUGGGUCUCGCCGGCCUGCGUCGCACCGGUCUGCCAAGAUCACUCUGUCCAAGGAGGACGCCUUGAAGGAGAUCGAGCAGUUGCAAGCGAGGUUACAGGGGGAGGCAGAGGCCGAGUCGGAUGCGGACCCUGAGAAGAAACGCGACAAGGACUCGUUUGGGAGCAUUGCGCAAGAACGGUCCGACUGCUCCAGUUACAAGAGACGCGGGGACCUUGGGUGGUUCGGGCGGGGCGAGAUGCAGCCCAGUUUCGAGCGUGCUGCGUUCGCACUUGCGCCGGGCCAGAUCAGCGGUAUUGUGGAGACGGACAGCGGGUGGCAUCUGAUUAAGAGGGUUGCGUAG